AUGCAGGCGUGCGGGGGCACCGCGGCGGGUCGCCGGGCCUUCGACAGCAUUUGCCCCAAUAGGAUGCUGGAUCUGCGAGGCCGGCCGUUCGGCAAGCCCGGGAAGCUGGAGAGGAAGUUCGCCCCUGCGCGGAAGCUCUUUCUCGGUAGCAGCGGCAGCAGCCCGGUGUCGGUGUACGAGGAUCCCCCAGACGCCGAGCUCGCUGCGCUGCCAGCCCUCACCACCAUAGACCUGCAGGACCUCGCUGACUGCUCCUCGUUACUCGGGUCCGACGCGCCGCCUAGUGGUAAUUCGGCCGCCUCACAGAACCACUCCCUGCAAACGGCAGCGGACUUCGAUCUGCAGGAUUUCAGAGACACCGUGGAUGAUCUCAUUGCAGACUCAUCCUCUAUGAUGUCGCCUCCCCUGGCGGGCGGAGACUUCCCCUUCUCUCCUUGCGACGUACUGCCGUUUGGUCCCUGUCUCUCCCCACAAGCCUUGCAGUCACCGCCGCUGCGCCCUCCCGACGUGCCCCCACCAGAGCAGUACUGGAAGGAGGUGGCCGACCAGAACCAGAGGGCGUUGGGGGACGCACUCGUGGAGAAUAACCAACUGCACGUGACGUUGACCCAGAAACAGGAGGAGAUCGCCUCACUGAAGGAGCGGAACGUGCAACUGAAGGAACUCGCCAGUCGGACACGGCACUUGGCCUCGGUGCUGGAUAAGCUGAUGAUCACACAGUCCCGGGAUUUCGGGGCGGCAGCUGAGCCCAUCCCACUAAAGGCGACUUCCAAAAGGAGCCUGGAGGAGUUGUUGAGCGCGGGGCAGGAUUGCGCGGAAGUGGACGCCAUCCUGAGGGAGAUUUCCGAGCGCUGCGAUGAAGCGCUGCAGAGCCGCGAUCCCAAGCGGCUCCGGCUGCAGCCCGAGCUCCCGAGCACGGACGGCAGGCCUGGGAACCUGCACGGCGCCUUCCGGGGGCUGCGCACAGACUGCAGCCGGAGUGCGCUGAACCUGAGCCACAGUGAGCUGGAGGAGGGCGGCUCCUUCAGCACCUCCAUCCGCAGCCACAGCACCAUCCGUACCCUCGCUUUCCCCCAGGGAAAUGCUUUCACCAUCCGGACAGCCAACGGGGGUUACAAAUUCCGCUGGGUCCCCAGUUGAGCUGAGAUGUGGUCCUCCGAAACACUGCCCUUUAUCCUAACUGAAGCGCCUGGAGGCUAAACGGGAGUAGCUGAAACCUGGUUUCUCAGAAGAACUCCACUUGCAGAGCCGACGCCAGCCUGAAACUUUUUUUUCAGGAACAAAAACGUUUUGAUACUGAUGCACUGUAAAAUUCUGGUACAAAAUACUGUGUAGUCCCUUCCCUUUUCACAGCGAAACCGUGUGUGUAUGUGUGUGUGUGUGUGUGUGUGUGUGCGUGCAUAUGUAUGUGUAUACAUACGCUUAUAUAUCACAGUCAAUUUUUAAAGUAUUUAUUUUUAGCAGCUUUGAAUUACGUACUUUUUAGAGCUGGAAGGGACCUAAAAACCACUUAGGUAUUUUAUAAUUGUAAUAAUGCCCUAUUUUCAUACGAAGCAAAAGGGGGCUCUAAGAAGUUAAGCAAUUUUCUACAAAAAGAAGCGUCAUGGGCACCUUCCGAGUGCUCUCGCUAGUCUUUUAAAGAUUGUAGGUCCAGAGGCCAGGUCUCUGGGUGAACGUUUCAAUACGUCACUCACUUCCCCUGAUCACUUAAUUUUGUUACUAUUGGAAUCUUUCAUUUUAGCUGCCAGAAUAAAAAAUUAGGAGAGGUUAGGGUUAGGAAUUCCUAAACCCUUGUCUUAGGGCAGGCAAAAAAACAGAGGAAAGUGAAGAUUCUCAGAGUCGACGGGUUAUUGACAAAAUAGGUGCUAAACACGUUUGUUUGUAAUGAUCAUUUACAUAAUUUUGUAAGAUUUAUGAUAAAUGUUUAUAUUAAUUAUAUAUAGUUUUAUUUGUCUAGACAGAAUAACCACAAGAAAAGCAAACUUAGUAAGAAACACAUUGUUUUAAGAAAAUGGUACAUCCCACAUGAAAAAGAAUGUGCAUAUUUUAGGGUGUUCAUAUUUUUGGGGCGCAGAAACCAAGUGUGGAAACCUUGGUAAAAGUAAAACUAUCUAUUUGAAUUCCAUGGAUAAAACUGGGGUACACAUUCAUGUUUUAUAUUUCUUGGCUUCAUCUUCUAAGAAAAACUUAGGUGUUAUAUGGUGCCUUCUCUUUGCCUUUUCUUUAUCCCCUUUUGCGUAGGCUUCCUUUUUCUACUCUGUUGUGAAGGUUUGUUAGUAGAGUAUGUCAAGUCGUGAUUUGUCCUAACCUCCACAGUUCUCAACAGGAGGGCUGCUUCUUGCGUUUGGGGGCUCAGCAUGGGCAAGUGUCCAACCCUGUUACACCACAUUGCUGGUUCUGCCAUCCGAAUGUCAUCUGAAUGGAGAGAUCAGGUUACAGGUGAGCUGGGCAGGCUGGUGGGACCUGCUUCCCCAGUUUGUCCUGUGUAACUGUUAUCUGUAUUUAAAUGGCCAUUUUGAAAACAAACAAGAAAGUGAUAAAAUAGAGCACAUUUCCUUGUACUUUGUCUAACAAAUGGACGCUUAAAUGGGCCUCAGCAGCUGUGGCUCACGGGCUCCAGAGCACAGGCUCAGUAGUCAUGGCACACGGGCUUAGUCACUUCACAGCAUGUGGGAU